CAUCGUUUUGUUUGUUUAUUCGUCCUAAUCUCGCCGUACGAAAAUAUCUCCCUCCCCCCCGUCACUACUACAAAUCUACUAAUCACACUACUCGCAGCAGCAGAUCAGCACCAGCACUCCAACAGCAAACGAGACCCAAAACCAAGCGGAUCAGCAGGCGGCGGCGGAUCAGGAUGAGCGUGGUGAUCCUGGACGGGUCCACGGUGCGGGGCUUCGUGGCGGACGACGACGCCUUCGCCCGCAGCGUCGACGCGCGCUUCGCGGCGCUCGACGCCAACGGGGACGGCGUGCUGUCCCGCGCCGAGCUCCGCCGCGCCCUCGAGUCCUUCCGCCUCCUCGACGGCGCCGGCUUCGGCUGCGCCGAGCCGGCGCCGCUCCCCGCCGAGGUCUCCGCGCUCUACGACUCCGUCUUCGAGCAGUUCGACGCCGAUCACAGCGGCGCCGUCGACCGCGCCGAGUUCCGCGCCGAGAUGCGCCGCAUCAUGCUCGCCGUCGCCGACGGCCUCGGCUCCCAGCCGCUCCAGGUCGCCGUCGACGACGAGGGCGGGAGCUUCCUCCUCGAGGCGGCCGAGCACGAGGCCGCCGCCAUCGCCGCCAAGAUCGAGGCCCACCGCGCCGCCGAGGCCGAGGCCAACAAGUGACGUCACCCUCGCCACAUCGGUUUUUUUUUUAGCGCUCAUCUUGUACAGUACCGUGUGAGUGGCGCAGUGUGUAUGGUGGUGUACGUGUACGCAUCACAGGUAUCAGACAGAGCAAAGCGUAUCAAACUGGAGUACUGCUCCCCUCUACUUGAAUGGUAAUAAAAAGAUUUUCAAUCUCGUGUAAAAA